AUGGAAGACGAUAAACAUCAUGCUGACUAUACUACCUUUUCGGCUUCACAAAGUAGGGAAGAAGUAUUACAAACAGUAAUUGAUUCUUAUGAAGCAUUGACCACUGGACAGGAUAACUGGGUUUGUAACUUAGCAAAUGCAUCGUCUUUAUUAUGGCACGCAUAUCAUUCCUUGAAUGUCAAUGUUAAUUGGGCUGGUUUCUAUCUAACAGAUAAAAGUGUGUUGGAUAAACAGGAGUUAAUUCUAGGUCCAUUUCAAGGUAAGGUUGCUUGUCAACAAAUCCUAUUUGGUAGAGGUGUAUGUGGUAGCGCAGCAUCCGAAAAGGUCACUCAAUUGGUUCAUGAUGUUAACAAACAUCCAAAUCACAUAGCGUGUGACGGUGAAACUAAAAGUGAAAUAGUGGUUCCUAUUUUAGAUGAAUCUAACAAUACAGUUGGUGUGAUCGAUAUAGAUUGUUUAGACUAUGAAGGUUUUUCUGAAGUUGACCAAAAAUAUUUAGAAGAAUUAGCUAAAUUAAUAAUUAAGACAUGUAAAUUUUAA